CCAGAUGGAAAGAUGAAUCCGGGCCGGCUCCAUUUUCGUUCUCGCCGCGCUUAAUGGCGCAAACUCGAGCAAUUUUCUUCUUUCGUCGGAAUCCUCCUCUCGCGUAGCGAGAUCGCGUAUUGUGAUUAUCGUGUAAAGCGGUGCGCGAAGCCGGAAAUAUUUAAAAAACCGCGUAAACUCCGUGUUAUUGUUCCAACGUAAAGACGCGGCUCCGCGGUGUUUGCUCUUGAAAUAAAACGGAAAUAAAAGAUCUUUCGAAUUGUCUCGGGGAAUAUCGAAAACCCCGUGGAGAUUCUUCCGUUAACUCGUUUUCCCGCGAGUUACGUACAUGCAUGUGCGUCUCACAUACUUGCGUGAAGAUGAAGUGCUCUUCGAUGAUAUUGCUGCUAUUCGUUUUCUUCGGCCAGUCCAUCGUUCGCUCUUGGCAGUUCGCUCUGUCGAGCCGAUGUCCCGCGAUGCGACUGAAUAACGGAAGAAUUCGCAUUCGGGGUCGAGGUAGAAUCGUGAGAUUUAAUUGUUUGGACGGAUUCACUCUUGUGGGCAACAAAUAUUCCACGUGCGUACGUGGCCAGUGGGACACUCCUGCUCCCGUGUGUGUGAACACGGGAUGCCCCUCAACUCCUGCGCCGGAUCACCUGAUUAUGGCACAGAAAUUUAAUGGUGCAAUACUAAUGUUCUUUUGCGAACCUGGUUACUCCCUGAUCGGCAGCGCUGAAAUUUAUUGCGACGGACGCCAAUGGAAUGGAACGAUUCCUUACUGUCGAAACGCGAAUGCAUCCGCACCGACAAAAUGCGAUUUUGAAAGCCCGGAUCUUUGCUGGUGGCAACAAGAUCCGCAGCACGAUUUCGAUUGGAAACGCCACAACUUCGAGACACCGAGUUUACACAUCGGUACUGGUCCGACGCAUGACCAUACGCUAGGAGCUGGCAAUGACGGGCAUUAUCUUUAUAUUGAGGCAUCCGGACGAUUGGUGAACGAUACGGCCAGAAUCAUAUCUCCUCUAUACAAUUCCUCAUUGACCGAAUCGGGAUGUUUCUCAUUCUGGUAUCAUAUGUAUGGUGCCACGAUCGGCUCAUUGAAUAUAUAUUUCAAGCAAGAGAAUAGCACGUCCCUAUUGAUAUUCACCAAAAGUGGAAAUCAAGGAAAUCAGUGGUUUCACGGCAUAUCCGAUCUACCGAAAGCUAAUGCCAGCUUUCAGAUUAUUGUAGAAGGAGUGCGAGGUGCUAGUUACGUGAGCGAUAUCGCAAUAGACGAUGUCGCUAUUUUACAAGGCGAGGAAUGUGUUGUUAAAAACGAGUCUACUAGCGUAACCGUAGGCGAUGAUGAUCAAGUUGAAAUAAUUAACGCGCAACAAACCUGUCGAGACAGAUGCGUUUCGUCGGAAAGCAAUGUUACUUCCGCCCCGCCAUUUGGACCGGAGAAGUGCGUUUGCACGAUCGAUUGUGCGGAACGCUCUAUUUGCUGCCCAGAUUACGCUGAAUACUGCAUACUAGGAUACAGCACGAUACUCGACAGUAUUACGGGGUCACCGAGUAACGCUACGAUUGCACCGAUGAAGAAUUCCACUCUGACAGGAUUUCCUAUAAAUCCGAAGGAUGAUAUCGAUCCAGGUAUGUUCAACUCGUCGACGACGUCGACGACUCCGCAAAAACCCACGACCACGACUACAACGGUCAAGCCUCAAACUAAAAAACCGUCGCGGAGGACAACGUCUGCGAAGCCAACACAGCAGGUGGAAACGAAGGAGACGCCUUUUGUAUCCAAGAUAACUUCGACGACGAAAUACAUAGAACUUCAGGAUCGAUCUGAUCUGCACGACGUGGAACUGAAUCCGGAAAAGGUAAAACAAGGAAGAGGCAUCGAAGUAUUGGAGAUCGUCGCCGCGGUGGGUGCAACUUUGGCCGUACUCUUCGUGGCGCUUGCGAUCGUGAUUAUCGUUAUCAGGAGGAGAAAGACUUAUAAGAGAGGAGCGAGCGGAUCGGCGCUCUCGGAGGACAGCGACAUGCAUCGCGCUAUUGUCACCUUCAUCGCCACCGUUUGUUGUUUUCUCGUAUUGAGAGCAACAGCGGAAGAGGCUGUCCAACAGAAUCAACAAUCGUUGGACCUCGGAAACGUCGCUGUCGAUGAUCAGAUCGAUAACGGCGCGAUACACACCAGGGAUAAGAGGACGCUGUUCUUGAAAAAGAAGCUGCUCGGCGCUGGUCUUCUUGGUUUCGGUCUUGGCGUCGCGAAGGGCUACAAGGCUGGUUACUUUAGCGCGCCGGAAGUACACCACGUCUAUCUUUCGCCACCGGUAAAGUACGUGGAAUACGUCGAGAAACCAGUUUAUAUCGAGAGAAUUGUUCCAAAACCUAUUUACAAACCGCAUGCCGAGUAUGCUGCGCCAGUCUGGUCGCAACCAGACCCAUCCUAUGGGUGAGGAAAAUUGGUCACUCUCUUCUGUCCUUUCUAAUAAUUAGUAUAUAUCGUUAAAAUACGAUCCCUCUUUUAUUGCAGUUAGAUUUAUAUUUUGUUUGGUAAAAGAAGUUUAUUGAAAAAGUGCAUAUCGAACUUUAGAAAAAUUCAACAUCAAAGUUACUACUUUGCUCAAACAGAUAUUAUAAGAAUAACUUAAAUGAAGCGUGCUUAGAUAUCACGACUAUUAUUCGGAAAUCAAUUAUUCUCAGAAAAUUACUGCCUGCUAAAUCUCUCUAACGUUCCUUUGAUUUUUCUUUACAGUGGCUGGUAAAUCCGAAGUGCACAGCUCGCGUUAAUAAUAGCGUACCAGUCUGAUCUCUCCCUCCGUUUUACCUCGAAAUUCUAGGAACAGCCAUAUAAUUGCGCGUGCAUCAUGUUGAGUCUCAGUCAGUCAGGUCAUCCAACUUUAAGUGUAAGAUUAUCCAGCGAUAGUAUAAUCUAUAAUCGAAGAGAUUGUUAUUUUUGUUACUGAUAUUACAGAUUAAUAAACCACGGCCUGUAAAUAUCACAAGCGUAUUUAUCGUUAAAAUCAUUUACUCCUUUUAUUUCUGUUGAAAAGCACGAUAAAA